GGUUCCUGGUUUGCUCCAUCUCUUUGUCCACAGUAAGCUGCCCUACGACGUGACUCCAGAGCAGGCUAUGGCCCACGAGGAGGUGAGGACGAGACUAGAAGCCUCCAUCAAGAACAUGAAGACCAUCACUGACAAGUUCCUGUCCGCCAUCAUCGUCUCUGUGGAUAAAAUACCAUACGGGAUGCGUUUCGUCUCCAAAGUGCUGAAGGACACCCUCCAUGAGAAGUUCCCCGACGCUACAGAGGACGAGCUGCUCAAGAUUGUGGGGAACCUGCUGUAUUACCGCUACAUGAACCCGGCCAUCGUGGCGCCCGACGCCUUCGACAUCAUCGAGGUGUCGGCGGGCGGCCAGCUGACCACGGAGCAGCGGCGGAACCUGGGCUCCAUCGCCAAGAUGCUGCAGCACGCCGCCUCCAAUAAGAUGUUCCUGGGGGACAACGCCCAUCUCAAUCCCAUCAACGAAUAUCUCAGCGCCUCCUACCAGAAGUUCAGGCGUUUCUUUCUGUCGGCGUGCGACGUUCCCUCGCUUGAGGAUAAGUUCAAUGUGGAUCAGUACUCCGACUUGGUCACCGUCACCAAACCGGUCAUCUACAUCUCCAUUGGAGAGAUCAUCAACACCCACACGCUGCUGCUGGACCACCAGGACGCCAUCGCUCCGGAGCACAACGACCCCAUCCACGAGCUGCUGGAGGACCUGGGCGAGGUUCCCACCGUCGAGUCCCUCAUCGGUGAGAAUCCUCUUCCUCCCAACGACCCCAACAAAGAGCUGAUGGGGAAGACCGAGGUUUCUCUCACACUCACCAACAAGUUUGACCUCCCCGGCGAGGCCAAUGUCGAGAUGGACGCCCGCACGCUCCUGCUCAACACCAAGAGGCUCAUUGUGGACGUGAUCCGGUUCCAGCCUGGAGAGACUCUGACUGAGAUCCUGGACUCAUCACCUGCAACCGAACAGGAAGCAGAGUACCAGCGGGCCAUGCAGAGGAGGGCCAUCAGAGACGCCAAGACCCCAGAGAAGAUGAAGCAGGUGAAGCCGGUGGUGGACGACAGCCUGACGCUGCAGGGCAAGAAGGACAAGAUCAAGAGCAACCUGCAGCGGCUGGCCGAGCUGGGGAAGGUCCACCCCGAGAACCGCUACCAGGAUCUCAUCAACGACAUCGCCAAGGACAUCAGAAACCAGAGACGGUAUCGUCAGCGUCGGAAAGCUGAGCUGGUGAGGCUUCAGCAGACCAACGUCGCCCUGAAUUCAAAGACCAAUUUUUUCAAUGUUCAGAUUGACUCGUACAAUCAGUACAUCAAGACGUGCAUGGACAACCUGGCCAGCAAGGGCAAGUUGUCAAAGAAACUGGGCGACAACAAGGCCAAGAAGGGUAAGCAGGUUUCUCAGAAGUACACCGCCUCCCGCCUCCACGAGAAGGGCGUGCUGAUCGCGAUAGAGGAUCUGCAGCCCAACCAGUUCAAGAAUGCCAUUUUUGAGAUUUCUCCGUCGGAGACUGUCGGAGUGUUUGAGGUGAAGGCCAAGUUCAUGGGCGUGCACUUGGAGACAUUACAGUUAGAAUAUCAGGUAUUGUUUCUUUUUCAUAACUUUAUUUUUUUCCUUCACUAAAGUAAACUAGAGAUGUUCCGAUAAAAAAAUGAUUCCAAUACCUAAACGUGCAUCAGUAUAGAUCCGAUGUCAGUGCGCUAAACACAAAAAUAUGUAUAUUAUUAUGUUUUUACAGAUGUGUACAUCUGAAGCUGUAUGUCCAGACUCGGGUUAAACCCUGUUUAAAACACAAACAUACAGAAAAUGAAAGCUGCAGAACCAUAGAGAUAGUACAGCAGUCAACAUUCUCUUUCAAAUCAAUGUAUGAUAAUAGCUAACAAGUUAGCUAUUUAGCUAGCUAACUAGCAGGCAGCUAACUAGUUAGCUAGCUAGCUAUUUCCACCACGCUUUAAUGGUUACAGAGGGGCUGGUGUUCAGUAGCAGCGCUACGUCUAACGCCGUUUUCUCAGUUGCCAUCUUGGAUUAUGACUGUGGCCAUGUUGU